CUGAGAGAUGUGAACGCAAACCUAUGUUGCGUGUUGUGCAGCGGCUACCUAGUUGACGCAACCACCAUCAUCGAGUGUCUCCAUACCUUUUGUCGUAGUUGCAUUUUGAGGUACCUGGAGUCCAGCGACACCUGCCCUGUUUGCGAUGCCUCCGUGCACCCCGCUGAUCCAACCAUGGGCAUCAAAGCGGACAAGACCUUGCAAGCGCUGGUUUACAAAAUUGUUCCCGGCUUGUACCAGAGUAAGUCAAGA